AUGCCAUUUCACAGCAAACCGCGUCGAUUAGGGUGUGAUUCGAAAACACCACUAACAUACCAAAAUGGACUUUUGUUAAAACUCGACAAUCGUUCUGUUUCAUAUUGUACUUUUAAUACAAUCAUCCGGGGAGAAAAUGACGACAAUAAAUUUUCAUUUGUUGGCUCCACAAACUUUACCCAGAGCUUCAAUGUGACAUCUGAAUUCAUUCGAGUUAAAUGCUUUGACAAAACUGGUUCUCAUUUGUAUUCAAACUUACAUGCUUUCACUCCAAGAAACUUAACUCGCGAAAAACAUCUCCAUAAAUUAAUGGAAAAUCAUAAGCAUGAAAAUAAACCGGCUGAAAUUUUGAACGUCUUGAUGAUAGGAAUCGAUUCAUUAUCACGAUUAAAUCACAUCCGAUCGAUGCCAAAAACUCGUCAUUUUUUACUUCGAAAUCUGUCAGCCGUUGAUUUGCAGGGUUACAAUAAGGUAGCAAAAAAUACGUAUGUUAAUAUGACGCCAUUAUUGACUGGAAAUUUUGUUGCAGUGGAAAACGAGAAGCGAGGAAUAACUAACGAAAAGGGACCAUUUGAUAAGUACCACUUAAUUUGGAAAAACUUUUCAUCUCAUGGUUACACCACAAUGAUGUCUGAAGAUGCCCCAAAUAUAGCUACAUUUAAUUACCAAAAGAAAGGUUUCGCUAAGCCACCCACCCAUCACUAUCUAAGACCAUUUUCACUAUCGAUAGAUAAAGUAAGUGGGGUGUCUUGGAAAUCAAGUCGUUGUGUUUCGAACCGAUCUGAAACUAAACUUGUGUUGGAUUACGCCAAGGAUUUUGUUAAAACAUACAAAGAUUUGCCCUACUUUGCUUGGAGCUUCAUUUCAAGAAUGACACAUGAUGACCCUAAGAACGCAGCUUAUAUUGAUGAUGAUUAUUUUGAAUUUUUAAAAGAUGUUCAAAAAGAAGGAUUGUUAAAUAAUACCAUAUUAUUUUUUAUCUCUGACCAUGGUGUAAGGUAUGGUGACAUUUUAAAAACGGAAAUUGGUCAGAAGGAAUUGCGCAUGCCGUUAAUGAAUAUUGUUUUUCCGACUUGGUUUCGAAGAAAAUAUCCCGCAGUCUAUGGAAAUGUCGUUCAGAACGCAAAUAAAUUGACAAGUCCUUUUGAUAUUCACGAAACGUUGAAAGACAUUCUAUAUUUCUCCGGAACACCAAGAAAAGUGGUAAACACCGACAAAGCAGGAAUAAGUCUUUUUGAUCCGAUACCAGGGUCCCGUACCUGUAGCCAGGCCUCAAUAGUACCACACUAUUGUGUUUGUGAGUCUGAAGAAAUACCAAUUGAUGAUCAGCUCAGCAACAAGAGUAUAACAUUUCUAGUGGAACAAAUAAAUCUAAAGAUAAGUAAACAUUCAAUGUGUGCAAAAAGAAUAUUAAAAUCAGUUCGGUAUGUGAAAGGAUAUCGUAGUUUAGGCCAUGCCGCUAUAACUUUAAUAAAAUCAUAUAUUAUACUAACACCAGACAAUGCUGAGUAUGAAGCCACAGUGGAACAUGAUAUCAGAAAACCAGGCUUCCGAUUGGGUGGUGCUAUCAGCAGAGCAAAUAGAUAUGGCAACACAGCCGACUGUAUCAAUAUAUCAAACUUGAGACCAUUUUGCUACUGU